AUGCUCACUCAACAACAAAUGCACCCUUUUCAUCGCGUGCCGACAUUCGAAGGUAUUCCCAUUCCUACUGCGCCGAUACCUUCUCAACAAUCGCACGGGACGUCGCGCAAGCGCCCGCCUUCUCCCGCGACAGGAUCUUCCAUGAUGGCUGCCCCCGUGAAUCCGGCGGGCGGCGCGAUCGAGGGCGACCCGAACGCCUUUUCCCAGGUUGAGUCCACACCCAAGAAAAAGGGACGAACGAAUACGCCAUGGACUGCCGAGGAAGAGCAACGGUUGAAGACUAUGCGCGACGCAGGCCGAAGCUGGUCCGAGAUCGCAAAGACUUUCCCAACCCGUACCGAAGGUAGUGUCAAGAAGCACUGGUACAAGGACAUGCACUACGCCGAAUUCGCCGAAGACGAGUCUAUGAAACUUCGUGAGGCAAUCAAGGAGUAUGAGGCAAACAAGUGGAAGGUAAUCGGUCAGAAAGUCGGCAAGCCUGCCAAAGCCUGCGAACAAUAUGCCAAAGAGCAUUUCAAGAACGUCUGACCACUAUGACGCCUCUGAUGAAGUGAUGAUCUCGUUUUCUUAGCAACUUUUUUACGAAGUUGGCAUUCUCUUCCGUAUUCCCAUUCCAGAGCGAUGCAAGUUUCAUCAAUGGCCGGAGGCCACUGGUUUUACAAGGCAGAUGGAGUUGGUGAU